AUGGGUUUGCUCUCUUUGUUACUUGCAAUCUUUUUUAUCUAUGCAUCAACAUCCACAUUUGCCUCCAUUGUUGAAAAGGAUACCUUGACUCCAUUUCAGAGGUUCAAGGAUGGCCAAACACUAGUUUCUGCCAACCGGAGAUUUGUUUUGGGUUUCUUUAGUCCUUUUAGCCAAACAACCAAAAGGUACUUGGGUAUAUGGUACAAGGACAUAACACCACUCACAGUGGUUUGGGUUGCCAAUAGAACCAAACCACUGAAGAAUUUUGAUGCCGCACUUAUGUUAUACUUCAAUGGCAGUCUUGCACUUCAAGAUCAAGCAUGUAACUUGGUUUUGCUCGUGAUGCCUGAAUUGAUAUCUUCGACUAAGAUGGAUAAAUUUGAGAUUUGGUUCAGUGAUAUCCUUUCAUUAAUUGCCAUUGGGAUGGCUUUGUUGGCUUUCAUUGUUGUGUGCAUUUUUUCCAAGAUAAAGUGUGUGAAGAGGCAAGUUAAACAUGAAAGCAAUUCAUCAAGAGAUUCCAAUGGGACUCAAGAGGAAAACCCGGAAGUCAAACUUUUUGACAUAGACCUUAUUUCUACUGCUACAAAUAACUUCGCUAGUGAUAAUAAGAUUGGAGAAGGUGGAUUUGGUCCUGUAUUUAAGGGAGAAUUACCUUCUGGACAACUCGUUGCAGUAAAGAGGCUCUCUAGGAAUUCUCAACAAGGCCUUGAAGAGUUUGGAAAUGAAGCUAGUUUGAUUGCAAGACUUCAACACCGAAAUCUUGUUAAACUCUUUGGAGGAUGUGUUCAUGAAGAUGAAAGAAUGCUUGUCUAUGAGUAUUUACCAAAUGAAAGCUUGAAUAAAUUCAUAUUCGAUGAAGCAAGAAAAAGACUAUUACCUUGGGCCAAGCGCUUCAACAUUUUUAUCGGUGUUGCCAAGGGUUUGGUUUAUCUACAUGAUGAUUCGAGGUUGAGAGUAGUCCAUCGAGAUCUCAAAGCAAGCAAUAUCUUAUUGGACAGUGAGAUGAUGCCCAAAAUAUCAGAUUUUGGUCUAGCAAAAAUUUUAGAAGGAGAAAAUAUGUUAGAGGAACCAUCCGUGAGGGUUAAUGGAACACAUGGUUACAUGUCUCCAGAGUAUGUCUUGCAUGGCCAAAUUUCAACAAAAUUAGAUGUAUUUAGCUUUGGCAUUUUGAUAUUGGAGACAAUAAGUGGCAUGAGGAAUUGGGGAUUUUUACACCCUGACCAUGAUUUGAACCUUUUGGGACAUGUGUGUGAUGAGGAAGGUUGA